CAUGGGGCUAAGUGCUGGAAUGUCUAAGUUGAACUUCCAGGCCUUAUUUACACUAGUCCAGAAAAAAACAUCAUCCAACUCUUAUAGAGCCUAUGAAAUCUUGGGCCACUAGGGUUGAAGAAUCAGGUGGUUCUUAGUCAAUAAACCCCUUCCCACAAGAGCCUUUCUAACCUCCACUGUGAGGCCUGAAAUGGGGAGCAAUAAGACUUCAUACUGGCUUCCCAGUUCUCCAAGUUCCUUCAUGCCCAUUCUCUCCUAUGAAACCAGGACCAUCCAGUUGAAAAUAAUGCUGUUUCCAACUGAGAAAAAGAAGCCCAUUUAUUCCUAAUAGAGGGCAUCAGGUAGGAAUCAAACUUCAUUGCAAACAGCUCACCAUCCUAUUGGGAGAUGAAUGAAUGUUUCUCUGUUUUGUUUUUUCCUCAAGCAGGAGGAAGUGAGGAAAUUAGGUUUGGGGUGGGGUAGGGGUAUAGCUUUGAGAGGCAAAAAGAUCAGGGAAAGAUCAAACAGGAAGGAACUUGAGACCAGAUUGAUUUAAGUAUUUGUUCUCCCUUCCCCCCUCCCGCCCCAUCCCUGCUGUGCACUCCCCGCCGCCCCCCAUCCCCGCCCCUUCUACAGCCAUUUCAAUUCCUGGAGAGCAUUACACAUGUGUCCCAUCCCAGGCCUCUAGCCACAGCAACCACACGACUCAUUUCCCCUGGAACUGAGGCGGCAUACCUGGGCUCCCCACAGAGGGGGAUGAUGCAGGGAGGGGAAUCCCACCUGCUGUGAGUCACCUGCUGGUAUAAAGGGCGGGCCUUACAAUGCAGGGAACUUAAAAGACUCAGAGACAAAGGGAGAAAAACAACAGGAAGCAGCUUACAAAGUCGGUGAACAACUGAGGGAACCAAAUCAGAGACGCACUGAACAGAAUCAGGCUCAAAGCAAGUGGAAGUGGGCAGAGAUUCCACAAGGACUGGUGCAAGGCACAGAGCCAGCCAGAUUUGAGAAGGCAAAAAAGAUGCUGGGGAGCAGAGCUGUAAUGCUGCUGUUGCUGCUGUCCUGGACAGCUCAGGGCAGGGCUGUGCCUGGGGGCAGCAGCCCUGCCUGGGCUCAGUGCCAGCAGCUUUCACAGAAGCUCUGCACACUGGCCUGGAGUGCACAUCCACUAGUGGGACACAUGGAUCUAAGAGAAGAGGGAGAUGAAGAGACUACAAAUGAUGUUCCCCAUAUUCAGUGUGGAGAUGGCUGUGACCCCCAAGGACUCAGGGACAACAGUCAGUUCUGCUUGCAAAGAAUUCGCCAGGGUCUGAUUUUUUACGAGAAGCUACUGGGAUCGGAUAUUUUCACAGGGGAGCCUUCUCUGCUCCCUGAUAGCCCUGUGGGCCAGCUUCAUGCCUCCCUACUGGGCCUCAGCCAACUCCUGCAGCCUGAGGGUCACCACUGGGAGACUCAGCAGAUUCCAAGCCCCAGUCCCAGCCAGCCAUGGCAGCGCCUCCUUCUCCGCUUCAAAAUCCUUCGCAGCCUCCAGGCCUUUGUGGCUGUAGCUGCCCGGGUCUUUGCCCAUGGAGCAGCAACUCUGAGCCCCUAAAGCCAGCAGCUCAAGGAUGGCACUCAGAUCUCCAUGGCCCAGCAAGGCCAAGAUAAAUCUACCACCCCAGGCACCUGUGAGCCAACAGGUUAAUUAGUCCAUUAAUUUUAAUGGGACCUGCAUAUGUUGAAAAUUACCAAUACUGACUUGACUUGUGAUGCUGACUUAUAAGGUUGAGUAUUUAUUAGAUGGGAAGGGAAAUUUGGGGAUUAUUUAUCUUCCUGGGGGCAGUUUGGGGAGGAUUAUUUAUUGUAUUUAUAUUGAAUUAUGUACCUUUUUCAAUAAACACUUAUUUUUGUGGCUA